UGAAGUGCGACGACUAAACAUUCCGAGUGCCAAAUUUUAUUGAUUCAUAAUGGGACUGAAAUUAUAUAUUUUUGUUUUUGGGCUACUGAUAGCAAAUACCAGGGCUCAGUUACUGUGUUAUGUUUGUGAUGAUUGUGAAGUGAAUGCAGUGACCGUUUUACCGUGUGGAUCAAACUCUCUACCGGGAACCACGUUACCUCUUCCAGGCACAACAACUCCGAUAGUAACAACAGAAGUAUCGCCAACGACUACAACUACACCUGAGGCAACAACAACUACUACGUCUGUGCCAGAGACAUCAACUACGCCUGAGACAACAACAACAACUACGUCUGCACCAGAAUCAACAACUACGCCUGAGAUAACAACAACUACUACAUCUGUGCCAGAGACAUCAAUUACGCCUGAGACAACUACAACUACUUCGGUUGCUCCUGAGGCAACAACUACACCUGAGAUAACAACAACCACUACAUCUGUUCCUGAGACAACAACUACGCCUGAGAUAACAACAACAACUACAUCUGCGCCAGAGACAACAACUACGCCUGAGACAACUACAACUACUUCGGUUGCUCCUGAGACAACAACUACGACAUCUGUGCCAGAGACAACUACGCCUGAGACAACGACAAUCACUACAUCUGAGCCAGAGACAACGACAACUACUACGUCUGCUCCUGAUACAACAACUGUAACCCUUCCAGAUACGACUACCCCGACAGAUUCCAGUCCUCCGGUCAAUUCGCCAACGCUACCAACAACCAUUGGCACGACAAUAGCAGGUCCAGAUGAUCCUCAAAUGACCGGCCCCCCAAUUCCAACAAACACAAUUCCAUCGGACAACCUCCCAACGCUACCAACCACUAUCGGAACCACAUUCGGUACUCUAGCAGAACAAUCAGCAUCCCUCAUGUCCCAAUCGACGCUAAACAGAACCGAAGCCAACUCUCGAUUGGUGAUUUCGUUGCAGCCGCCCAGUCAACCACACUAUGUGUGUAUCGUGCUACGAACCAAUGUGGAAAAUAGGCAAGUUAUCAGGCGAGGAUGUGCUCAGAUGGACCAUAGCGUGGCCGAGACUUGCAAUCGUGAAUCAGGUGGUCAACAUACUCACUGUUCUGUGUGUGUUACCCACCUUUGCAACCAUGGAUAAUAGUCAGCAAGCAGCCCACACUUGGGAACCUCAGUGAUAAUUCUCACAUUGUGAAUCGUUUUUAUAAGUACGUAAUUAUAGAAUAUGUUGUUUGAUGUUUGUUAUUGGCUCGCAGCAUUGCUAGGAAUUAACUAGGGGAGCGAGACGAGCCAGCCUAGAGCUGAAUAUUUCGUAAAUAAAAAUAUAAAAAACUAGGGUGGGUAUACCGAUGGCCGCCAUACUUAAAA